GGGAAGAUGUUCACGAGGAGGAGACAAGUCUUUGAGAUACACUACACUAUACACUACACUAUACACUACACUAUACACUACACUAUACACUACUACUGGGUAGCCUCUUGCUGUGCCUCAGGGCUCAGGGGACGAUGUUCACGAGGAGGAGACAAGUCUUUGAGAUACACUACACUAUACACUACUACACUAUACACUACUACACUAUACACUACUACACUAUACACUACUACACUAUACACUACUACUGGGUAGCCUCUUGCUGUGCCUCAGGGCUCAGGGGACGAUGUUCACGAGGAGGAGACAAGUCUUUGAGAUCACGGGUGAGGAGCCGUGCUUCCCCGUGGCUUACCUGGGCAGCGCCCCCACCUACGCCGCCAAGGGCAUCCCGGCGACAUCGCAUGCCGUGGCACGCGUGUGGACACGUAGCCAGCACGGCACCAUCGGCACACGAAUGAUCCUCACCGUGAGCGCCCAAGGUCUCCGCUUGUGCCCGGUGACGACGACCACCACCACCGCCACCACCGCCUCAGCCACAACCACCGGCACCACCCAACAACAACCGCCCUCCCAUCUCUACCAGGUGUCCCGUGUGACGUGGUGCUCCGCUCCGGACCCGGCCCGCCCGUGCCUGCUGCUCUGGGUGUACCGGCACGAGGGUCGCCACAAGGCGGUGGUGCUGCGGUGCCACGCGGCGCUGGCACGCGGCCCGGCACAGGCGCGGGCGGCUGCGGCGGCGGCUCGGCAGGCGGCUCGGGACGGCCUCGCCGAGUUCUGCCGCGGCAAGAGGCUCAGCGACGCUCGGAGCGGGAGGCAGUUGCGUCUGCAGCAGCUGCUGCUGCUGAGCUGGAGGUCUCUGCAUCAGCACCAGCGGGGUGGACUGGGUCGCUGA